AUGGCCGCCGCCGCCCUCGCCGUCAACGGCGACUUUUACGACCGUCUGCUCGCGGUCGGCGGCAACAGCGCUUGUGCCGACUGCGCAAGCAAAGAGCCUCCCACCUGGGCGUCCUCGAACCUCGGCGUGGUGCUGUGCAACGAGUGCGUAGGCGCACACCGUGGCCUAGGCGUCCACAUCUCGAAGCCGCUGUCUCUCAAGAUGGAUGCGUGGAGCGAAGAGGCGCAAGCGUUCAUGCUAUCCAAGGGCAACGCGGUGGUGAACGCCGAGCUCGAGGCGCACAGCGCGGCCGCCGCGAGCAAGCCCGAUGCGGACGCGCCGCUCGAGACCAAGGUGGCCUUCGUCAAGUCCAAGUACGAGAAGAUGGCCUUCAAGGCGGGCGGCGACGGCGUGGUCGUCGAGGCGGCGAGGACCUCGGAUCGCUUCUCGAGCAAGGGCCAGGUGCACGCUGGGAUCGCCAUUGUCCGCGUGCUCAAGGCGCACGACCUGCUCAACGCGGACGAUUCAACGGGUCUCGGGCUCGAUAAGUCGGACCCGUACGUCAAGAUUAUCUCGCCGACCGGAAAGAGCGCGCAGACGAAGGUCAUUGACAACGACCUCAACCCGGAGUGGAACGAGACGCUGCAGCUCAACGUGGACGACCUCAAGCCGCUGCGACUCGAGGUGUGGGACUCUGACACGCUCACGGCCGACGACCCGCUUGGCCACGGGGACAUCGUGUUGACGGGGUUGGCACCGGGUGAGCCGACCAAGAAGAAAGUCGAGCUGAUAGGCCAUCCCAGCCAGGGGUGGGUGGAGGUUGAGAUAACCUUUGCCGCGUUGGACGCAUAG